AUAUGAAAUCAUGAAUUUCAAGAAAAUGGGGAAGGACUACUUUGAUUAUAUUAACGUUGGCAGCUGGGACAAUGGAGAGCUGAAGAUGGACGAUGAUGAAAUAUGGUCAGAGAAAAACAAUAUCAUCAGAUCUGUGUGCAGUGAACCUUGUGAAAAAGGCCAGAUAAAGGUGAUCCGUAAAGGAGAAGUGAGUUGCUGUUGGACCUGCACCCCUUGUAAAGAGAAUGAAUAUGUAUUUGAUGAAUACACAUGCAAGGCCUGUCAGCUCGGCUCCUGGCCCAACGAUGACCUCACAGGUUGUGACCUCAUCCCAGUCCAGUAUCUCAGAUGGGGUGAUCCUGAACCAAUCGCAGCAGUUGUUUUUGCGUGUCUGGGUCUGCUGGCCACCUUGUUUGUCACAGCUAUAUUCAUAAUGUACCGUGAUACUCCAGUGGUCAAAUCAUCCAGCCGAGAACUUUGCUACAUCAUUCUAGCUGGCAUCUGCUUGGGUUACUUGUGCACUUUCUGCCUCAUCGCGAAACCUCAACAGAUUUACUGUUACCUUCAACGAAUCGGCAUCGGCCUCUCCCCAGCUAUGAGUUAUUCUGCUCUAGUAACUAAAACCAACCGCAUUGCAAGAAUCCUGGCUGGAAGUAAGAAGAAGAUUUGUACAAAGAAACCUAGGUUCAUGAGUGCCUGUGCCCAACUGGUUAUUGCGUUUAUCUUGAUUUGUAUACAAUUAGGCAUAAUUGUUGCCCUCUUUAUAAUGGAACCACCAGACAUAAUGCAUGAUUACCCCAGCAUCCGAGAGGUCUACCUGAUCUGUAACACCACCAACCUGGGUGUUGUAACUCCCCUUGGAUAUAAUGGAUUAUUGAUCUUGAGUUGCACCUUUUAUGCUUUUAAGACAAGAAAUGUCCCAGCUAAUUUUAAUGAAGCAAAGUAUAUUGCCUUUACAAUGUACACCACCUGCAUCAUUUGGCUGGCUUUUGUGCCAAUAUAUUUUGGAAGCAACUACAAGAUAAUUACCAUGUGUUUCUCCGUGAGUCUGAGUGCCACGGUGGCCCUCGGCUGCAUGUUUGUGCCCAAGGUCUACAUCAUCCUUGCUAAGCCUGAAAGAAACGUGCGCAGCGCGUUCACCACAUCGACCGUGGUCCGAAUGCACGUGGGGGAUGGAAAGUCAUCUUCAGCUGCCAGCCGCUCAAGCAGCCUGGUGAACCUGUGGAAAAGAAGGGGAUCAUCUGGUGAAACCCUUAGGUACAAAGGCAGGAGACUGGCCCCGCACAAGUCGGAAAUAGAGUGUUUCACCCCAAAAGGGAGUAUGGGGAAUGGUGGGAGAGCUACAAUGACCAGUGAAGAAUCUGUUUGCAUUCCAGACUGUAAUCGAUCUGAGUCAAGUAGAGAGGAGAAAAAGGUUCCUGUUAAAGAGGAUGCCCUAACAGUCAAAAAGACUGGAAACUGUGUCAGUCUCACAGUUCCACAGCAAGACUGUCAGCUGCAAGACCUACUCAAACACUCUAAUGGGAAAUCAGUUUCCUGGGCCCAGAAUGAGAAAAGCACUAGAGGAGCACACCUUUGGCAGCGGUUGUCAGUCCAUAUCAACAAAAAAGAGAAUCCCAACCAAACUGCAGUGAUCAAGCCAUUUCCUAAGAGCACAGACAGUAGCCGACACAGUAGCAGCGCUACGUUUCCCGAGGCCAGUGCCAAAACGCUUUAUGAUGUGUCAGAAGCAGAAGAGCAAUACCCAGCUCAGUACCGGCCACAAACCCCCUCUCCUAUCAGCACCUUGAGCCACAGAACUGCCUCUGUUAGCCGAACAGAAGAUGAUGCCCCCACCUUCCAGUCAGAGCCUCCUCAGCGAAGUAGCUCCUCUCAAGGCUCCCUCAUGGAGCAGAUCAGUAGCGUGGUUACUCGCUUCACGGCCAAUAUCAGCGAGCUGAACUCUAUGAUGCUUUCAACAGCCACUCCAGGGACAAUGGUGGCCACUCCUCUCUGCUCUUCAUACCUGAUUCCACGGGAAAUUCAGCUCCCUACAACAAUGACCACAUUUGCAGAGAUCCAACCACUGCCUUCCAUUGAAGUCAAUGGCGCUUCGCAGUCAGCUAGGAAACCUUCAAAUGGCAGCGUUAAAGAAGGCACUUCAGAAACCCCGUCAGCUAAGCAAGACCUCGAGGAGUUGGUAGCUUUAACUCCUCCUUCUCCUUUUAGAGACUCCAUCGAUUCUGGGAGUGCAUCUCCCAGCUCUCCAGUUUCCGAAUCGGCUCUCUGUAUCCCAUCCUCCCCAAAGUAUGACACACUCCUUAUCAGAGAUUAUACUCAAAGUUCUUCUUCGCUGUGA